CUAACGGGAUGAGCACGACUGAAGCCGCCGGCCGGAGGGACCUCCACUCGCGCUGGUGGACGGCGGCCAUCGUGGUGCAGCUGAUCACCUGUUUCUUCGGUGUUGCUGGGAGCGUCCUGAGUAUCUAUUGCGUGAGACUCUCCAAGAAAAUGCACAAGGGAAUGGCUCUUCAGUUCUACCUGUUGUUCAUAACGUUCUUCAUCAUCUGCCUGAUUAUUCUCCCGACCUCUGUGGUGGACGAAUACUACACGUUGAUUGGCUGGCAAGAUAAGCAAAUAACUUUUUACGUCGCUCUCAUUACGAUCUUUGAGAGCUUUGAACGCAACGUCAUCGGUCUUAUUGUUGUUUAUAGGUUGAUGGUUGUGUAUUUCCCAGUGCCGUUCAAGAUGCUGUCCCGUCCCGUUGUGGUCCUCACCGUGGAACUGGUCCUGUUUCUGGGAAUCCUCGCUUUGUGGAUCAUCGUGUUCCUUACUGAGAAUUACGACCAAGGUGACGUGUGGAAUCCAAUUAGGAAUGGCAGAGGGUUUGCAAUGUACUGUUUCACUCUGUUUGUGCCCAUUGCCGUUACAACCUCUUCGUAUGUCAUAAUGCUUGUGGUCCGCACCCUCAAGAGGCGGGCAGCGUUCGAGGGCGAGGGGCCAGCCAGCCUCGACAGCGUCAGCUUCGCCGUGGGCAUCACCAUCCUCGCCAACAUCCUCCUGGACGCCCUUUACUUCAUCAUCCACUUCUGCGUGACCCGGUCGACGGACCUCAGCUUCGUGAUCGUCCGCAUGAUCUACAGGCUGCACUUCGCCCUCGACCCGUUCUGCUUCGUGAUCUUCAACAGGUUUUACCGGAAGGAGAUUAAGACGAGGGGCCUUGCCUGGCUGCAGGAACAUGCUUCUCGGCUCUCGACCUUCGUCUCCAACGCCGGGCGCUCCUCGACCUAGGGUGCAGCGGGCCUUCCGGCCCCCCCCCCCCUAAACACACACGCAUACGCACAAAUAAAUAUUCAUACUUUAACGAACGGAUUUGGACGAAUAUAUAUUGGCUUUGCUGAUUUGAGGUAGGGUUUAAUGUUCCUUUUAAUUUAUUUCUACAAUUAUAUGCAUCUAAAAAAAAAGUUAUGACGAGAAGUAUGAAAAAAGUUUUAAUAUCAAGAUUUUACAUUUCAAGAAGUAUAGAAAGUGUUAUAACUUGGGCUUUUCCAAGGUCUUGAAUAUUAAAAAGUGGGUUUAGUUUUCAGAAUUGCUACUAUUUAUUCUCUAUUCUCCUCGUCUUUCAUUUAUAGAUGAGCUAAUCGGAAUUACUUUAUAUUUUUCUUUCUCUUUGCCUUUUCUUCAUAUCAUGUAAGUGAUAUGAAACUUAACAUUCACUGAUUUUUACCUUAACAUAAAAGGCACUUUAUUUAGCCAUUUAAGCAACGUUAUUAAAACAUAACCUUUGUCAUUAUGGACCUUAGCGUCCGCAUUAAGUACUUUGAAUAGUAUUACUACCCUCCUGCCCUGCAUUCAGUUGCCGCUGGCACAAAACACGCAAUGUCUCCCUCAGCUGUUUUUCGCAAACCAACUGUCCUUUCAUGGCAGACCACUGAGACGUCGAGCGAUAGGAGGCUAGAUUAAUUGAUGCGGAUUGCAAUAAGCGCUCGGAGCUGAGGUUAAUGACUUUAUUACAUAAAUUAAUGACUAACGAAGAUGCUAGAAGGAAAUGGAAUACGUGUUGCACUUAGGAGAUACUUUAGAACAGUGGUUCUUUACCUUUUUUUAGUCAAGGAGCCCUUUGAGAAUAUGGAUUUGUGUAAUAUACUCUCUUUAUUGAGAUGUGAUCAUCUGGGAUAUGGGAUACACGAGUAUUAAACUUCAAAGUAAGCAGUUAAAAAAACUUUUUAUACAAAAAGUAAUGGCUAAGGUUGUAUAGUGAAGACAAAUGAUAAUUUCUUUUUAUUUUCCUUGUAUAUAAAGGCAAGAGUAGGCUAAUGUAAAAAAAAACAAAAAAGACGUAGAUCCUGUAUUCCUCAGUUCCUAUGCUUCCAAGCCUUGCUAGACUAACUUCAGACUGGGGAACAGAGGUACUGGAAUGAACCUCAGUAAAUGUGAAAAUGUGAUUUCAGUUGCAGAAAAAAUGUGAUGUUGAGCAAGUUUAGCUCGGUGUGCAUUUGUGUGAUCAUCGUUCCUAAAAUAACUUUGACAAUGCCUUUCUUUGUUACUUUAAUUUGAAAAAUCCUCAAGUUUUAGGGUUUUAGGGUAAUUAAACCGUCGUUUUGUUUACUUUAUUUUUAAAUGUGAUGCUCAGUAACAUGUAAUGUUAUAUUACAAUACAUGCAAAACUGGUAAUGUAUUUUUUUUUACUUUAAUAUGAUUUUAUAAUUGACGUUGCAUCUAUUGUUGCAUCUAUUGCCAUUUGAACAAUAAAAAGAUAGCUCACAUGAAAGUGUUUUUCUUUAUUAUUUUUUGUGGACAAUAAAUAUGUUUUGGA